AUGAGUCUUUCCUAUCUCGCCACACUCAAAGCCAUUGAGCAAGACUUUGGCAACACCGAAAAACAACAACGAACAACAAUCAACGAUGAAUACAGCAAUGCCGAUAAUGAUAGAUAUCUUGCUUCGUAUGCGGAAAAAUAUAGAAACAAUGAACUAUUGAUUGAUGAUGUAGAAUUGGAUGAAGCCGAAUUCGAGGCCUAUAAAAACUUGAUGGAAGCCAAAGCUCUCAUUGAAAAGAGAGAAAAUGCACUCUCCGAUGAUGCAUCUGCCGUUGGUGAAAUGUUUCUUCGGAACACCAAGGAAAUUUAUGAUGUAGAUGCUAUCAAGGCUUGUAUGAACAAAUUACCAAUUCUUACCAAGAAUCUCGAUUGGAUACACACUCUUCAACUCAAUUCCUAUACCCCACUCAAAGUAGAAAAUCCCGAAGAUGAUAUUGACAGGGAACUUCAAUUUUAUAACCAAGCCAUCACAAGUGCAAAAGAUGGUUUUAAACGAUUGCAUAGUUUAGGGAUAAAAGUGCACAGACCUGAUGACUACUUUGCAGAAAUGGUUAAAUCCGAUGAACACAUGGCUAAAAUCAGAAACAAAUUAGUACAAUCAAGAAAGAUCAUUGAAGAAAGAGAAAAGAGAAGACAACGAAAAGAGCAACAAAAAAUUGGAAAACAAUUAAAGGCUGAAAGACUUAAGGAAAAGAUUGCCAGAAAGAAGCAAGAUAUUGAAGCAGUAGAUCAUUGGCGAAGAACAUACAGCGGUUCAGGAAAAGAAUUUGAUGUGGAUGCUGCCACUGAGGAAUAUUCCAAGCUCCUUGAAAAGAGUGAAAAGAAGAACAAGGGAGGCAAGAAUGAUGCCACCAAAAGAAAGAAUGCAGGAAUUACGAAGAAAAGACCUGGCAAGAGGAAGAGACAAAAACAAAAUUAA